AUGAAUGACCUUACAGUUCCACAACAGGAACAGGCAAGAUACUAUCUAAACAACUGCACUGCUUAUCCAUCUCAAAAUGACACCAAUGGAACCAACGUGCUGUGUAGGAAGCAGAUGUUUUACACCGUUCCCUCAGAUAUACCGCCUGAUGUGGAGGUUUUGGACAUAUCCUUCAAUUCCAUCUCACAACUCAAGGUGGAGAAUUUCAAACUCCUCACAAAUCUUAAGUAUUUAUAUGUAUCUAACAAUUGGAUCUGGCAUGUGGAAAACGGCACCUUCAGAGACUUGUUCACUUUGCAUGAGCUGAAUCUUGCUCAGAACCGCCUAACUACCAUCUCAAAUGAUAUUUUUCAGGGCCUUGUCAACCUCAAAAUAUUCCGACUAGAUGGUAACUUCAUCAGUAAAAUUGAUCCAUCGGUCUUUUCUUUACUUUCCAAUAUAAACACAGUCAACUUGACUAACAAUAGCCUUCAGCAUAUGGAGCAGGUUCAACCAAUCAUAACACUGCCUGCAUUGCAGAAUCUGUACAUUGGAAAGAACAACUUUUCUCAUUUUAAAUCCCAAGACAUAUCAAAUAUGUCCGUGGGAAUAAAGCUGUUGGAUUUAUCCUGGAAUCCACUGGAAGUAUUUCAGAUCACAGCAGAUAUUUUCCCUCAUCUUGAGACUUUAGACAUCUCCUACGUCCGUGCCAAUGGAUAUCUGAAGUGGAAUGUGAAGGACCGGUCGUUUUUACGUAAUGUGAACAGACUCAACCUCAGUGGCAUCCACAUCUCUGAGGAAGAAAUAGCCAAAGUGUUUUACAGUGUGAAUGGCUCUUUGAUCCACCUGAGGAUGUAUCAAAUGAAGUUAAACAUCAAACCUCUCUUGAAGAAAGCUUGCCAGAUCCCCACUUUAAGCGUCAUUCGUCUCAAAACAAACACCAUCACUGCUCUUGAUAACCAGUUAUUCUUGCCCUGUUCAUUUUUGAACGAAUUGGAUAUGAGUCACAACCGCAUCGAGAAAGUCCCAAGCGCUAUUAGACAUCUCCCUGCCCUCGAGACGCUGGAUCUCAGCUUCAAUAGAAUUGCUCGUAUUAACUGCUCUGACUUUGCCCAUCUGAGACAGCUGAGAUAUCUCUACCUGUUUCACAAUCACAUAUCGGGUCUCAGCCCCUGUGUGUUCAAAGACAUGCCAAAUCUUCAGACACUGAAGUUGGGGACCAACAAUAUAUUGAGCACCAGAGGUGCUUUUAGUGACCUGCAGAAUCUAGAAUAUUUGCAGUUGCGAAAUAAUAAACUGAGUAUUAUCAAACCAAAUGAUUUUAAAGCCUUAAGGUCCCUCAAAUACUUGGAUCUUAUUGACAAUCAAAUUACUGCAAUAGAAGCUUUCCCAGAACUACCCAAUCUGAAACGGUUAUAUCUGAACGCAAACAAGAUCACCCAGGUUACAAUUAGUUCAAAAGAUCUCUUUUCAGGGUUGUCCAACUUAGAAAUACUGGAUUUAUCCGCAAAUAUGAUAUCAUAUGACACACAAUUUGAAUUAGAGCACCCCCCUUUUGCUCUGCUAAAGUCUUUGGAAUAUCUGGCGAUCAACAGCCAAGGUCAUAAGGGGUUAUGCAAUCUGCCACCCAACCUUCUGAAGGGUUUGACCUCUUUGCGUAAGCUCAAUGCUGGAAAUUUAAACAUUGAAUCUCUGCACCCAGAUACUUUCAGUCACACACCACACCUGUUACACCUGGACAUCAGCAAGAAUACGUUUACCACUCUCACCUCUCAAGUGUUCUGGAACAUUCCAGAUCUCACCAUGCUGAUCAUAAAUAAAGUCCGCUUACAAUCCCUAGACUUCCUGAUCCAGGCCAACCUCUCCAGGCUCCAGGCCCUGGCGGUGAAGCAAAACCAGCUGGCUGUCAUCAACGAGACACUGAUCCGCUCCCUCCCUGCCCUCACUUGCCUCAGCAUGGCGAACAACACCUUCACCUGUGACUGCCAAAAUGCCUGGUUCAUCCGCUGGGCACGCGAUGACAAUCACACCCAGGUCAUCGGUGCCAGUGGCUUCACCUGCAAUUACCCCGCUGACUUGAGUGGAGCCAAGCUGUUAGAUCUGGACACAGGAUUGUGCUAUGUGGAUAUAGGGUUCUUCUGCUUUGUCUCCACCACCAUUCUGGUUGUGUUGACCCUGCUGGGCUCAAUGUGCUACCACUUCUUUCGCUGGCAGAUGAUCUACACCUACUACCUCUUCCAAGCCUUCCUCUAUGACCGCAGAAAUAAAAAAACGCAGGAAUUUGAGUACGACGCCUUUAUCUCCUACAAUACUCGGGAUGAGCCGUGGGUUCUGGAGGAACUCCUGCCCGAGCUGGAGGACAGGCAGGGCUGGAGACUCUGCCUGCACCAUCGGGACUUUGAGCCGGGGAAGCCUAUCCUGGAAAACAUAGUGGAGAGCAUCUACAGAAGCCGCAAGACCAUCUGCCUGAUCAGCCGCCACUACCUGGAGAGCGAGUGGUGCUCCAGGGAGAUCCAGGUAGCCAGCUUUCGGCUCUUUGAUGAGAGCCAGGACGUCCUGGUCCUGGUGUUCCUGGAGGACAUUCCACCUAGCCAGCUCUCCCCCUACCACAGGAUGAGGAAGCUGGUGAAGAAGCGUACCUAUCUGACCUGGCCAAAACCAGGAGACCACACCACGGUCUUCUGGCAGAAACUCAGAGUUGCCCUGGAGACCACGGAAGGACCUGACCAGGAAAACCCAAUUCUAUCUGGACUGGAGCAUUAA